UUGACAAUUAUAGAUUACACAGGGGUGGUAUUUGCAAUUACCUCCAUAAAACAACCGACCCCACCUUUUUCAUUUCAUCUGCUACUUCAUUUUGCACUGCAGUAGAAUUUUCUUCACAAAAAUCGCUUUAAGAAGAUGAGAAUUUCUGCAAUAUCGCCUCCUAUUCGUAGAGCAAUUGCUGCUAAAUCUUCUACUUAUUACGACAUUGGUUUUGCUAUCUUCGGCGUCUUCUUUAAACACGGUUACGAGGCAGAUGUUGUGACAUUCACCACUCUUCUAAAAGGGCUCUUUUUAGAUGGUAAGGUGGCCGAGGCGGAGAAAUUGUUUAAGCAGCUUUUGACUUUGAGACUUUGUGAGCCUGAUGAUUUUACAAUUGUCACUGUGAUAAACGGGCUCUGCAAAAAUGGACACGUUCUUGCUGCCCAUGAUUUGCUUUUGUUAUUGGAAAAGACUAUCUAUAAACCCAAUGUUAUGGCUUAUAGCGCGGUGAUUAAUGGCUUAUGCAAGACUGGAAUGGUGGAUAAUGCUCUCGAGCUGAAGUCUAGAAUGAUUGAUAAGGGCAUUUCACCUGACGUUGUCACAUAUAACUCGAUGAUUCAGGGCUUGUGCGAUUUCGGUAGAUGGAAAGAGGUCAAAGACUUAUUGAAUGAAAUGGUCAACCACAAGAUUUGUUUAACUGUUGUUACUUUCAAUAUAUUAGUGGACUCAUUUUGCAAGGAAGGAAAUGUUAAAGAGGCUGAGGAUGUUUUGAAAAUUAUGAAACGACAAAAUAUUAGUCCUGAUAUUUUCACAUACAAUGCGUUGAUAGAUGGGUACUGUUUGCAAGGGAAAAUGGAAAAGGCGAAAGAGGUAUUUGAUUCUAUAACAUGCAACGGCCUUAAGCCAUGUAUUAUGAGCUACGGCACUUUAAUCAACGGAUACUGCAAGAAGAGUAAAGUGGAUGAAGCUUGGCGUCUUUUCCUCGAAGUUUCUUCGAAAGGCUUAGAGCACACGACAGUUACUUAUAACACCAUGAUACAUGGAUUAUUUAGUGAAUGCAGAAUUGCCGAUGGAUGGAAACUAUUCAACGAUAUGGAAGCUCGGCACGUACGUCCAGAUUUACAUACUUGCAAUAUUUUGUUGGAUAGUUUGUGCAAAACUCAUCAGAUUGCCAAAGCAUUUUCGUUUCUACGGUUGAUGGAAGACAAAGGAUUAAGUCCUAAUAUAGUCACAUACGGUAUCUUGAUUAAUGGUUUGUGCAAAGAUGGGAAACUUAAAGAGGCAAAAAAGCUUUUAAACGAACUUCCGUCCAAAGGUUUGCAACCAAAUUGUCAAGCUUAUACCGUUGUUAUCGAUUCACUUUGUCAGGAAGGAUUUGUCGACGAGGCAAAAGAUUUGCUUAUAAAACUGGAGAGAAGCGGUUGUGCACCGAAUAGCGUGACAUACAACGUCAUUAUCCAUUGCUUGUUGAAGAAGAAAGAACUUGACAAGGCAAUGCCGUUCUUAGAGGAAAUGAACAAAAGGGGAUUCUCGGCCGAUGCAGCUACUUCAUUCAUGUUAAUUAAUCACCUGCAAGGAUCAGAGAAAUAUGAUUUUCUUUUGGAUAUGAUUAAGAAAGUUGUGCCAAAAUUAUAAAUUAUAUAUUUGGACUUCUGAAGUUUGAUAAGGUUUUGCUAGUUUUUUUU